CAUCAACCAAAUCCGAAUUAUUAAUUCACGCAUUGCACCUACAUUAGCCAACAUCACAAAGCCCCUCCUCUUGAUCAAUAGCUAUUGAAACUCUGAAAGCAUUUUCUUACAGAAUUCAAUCUCAAUUACCCCGCACUAAGCCGAUCAGUCACCAAGAUGUCUCUUAUCCAAUUGUUACUUCUCUUUCUUACUGCAUUCACUGCCCCGGCCAUUGCACCAUGGCCAAAGCGUGGUCUCCCGUCCAACAACCCUCCCAACUCGAUUCAGAACUGGAAUGGUCCUGGUAGUCAAGUAAAUUGGGCCUAUAGCUGGGACAGCUACAUGGAUCCGGCAUUUCCUCGCUUCCUAGAGUUCAUCCCUAUGCUAUGGGGUGAUGGCUCAUUACAUACUAACUCAUGGGUCAACAAUGUCAAUAAUGCCCUCGCCCGUGGCAGCGGUCACAUCAUGGGGUUCAAUGAGCCAGACGCUUGCGGUGAAGGCCAAUCCUGCAUCGGUCCCGAUGACGCUGCUACUGCCUACAGAAAGUGGAUUAUGCCCUUCGCCGGUCGCGCUGCUUUAGGUGCUCCUGCUAUAUCCAAUGCUGCUAGUGGACUAGUAUGGCUGCGAAAUUUCUUGGGUGCUUGUUCUGGUUGUCAAAUCGACUUUGUGCCAAUCCACUGGUACGAUAGUGCUACCAACUUCGAGUACUUUUACAACUACAUGGAAGAAGCACACCAAACUUCUGGCGGACGUCAAAUAUGGAUCACUGAAUUCAGUGGUGCGGGCACUCUUCAGCAACAGAUUACAUUCCUUCAGACCGUGAUCCCAUGGCUUGAUGCUCAGCCAUAUAUCUACCGCUACAGCUGGUUCUGGUGCGAUGCUUCCUACACAGGUGGAAGUCUAGCCGACGGCAAUGGCAAUCCAACAGAAUUGGGUGGUGUCUAUGCUUACACUAGAUAUUGA